AACUACAUAAAUUCUUCUCAAUCUGCUACCUAGACAAAGACAAACAACACUGCUUACCCAAAAUUUCGUUGAUGGGGAUCGACAAGUUCUUCGCAUCACUGUCGGUACUUGCGUUUUUCUCAUUGUUGUGCAUGCAUGGUUUUGUUCUUAACUCAUGUCUUGGUUUUUCCUUUGAUGCCGAAAACAAUGAGACGGAUAGUCUGGCCUUGCUUGAAAUCAAGGCUAGGAUAACCAAGGACCCUUUUGGAGUCAUGAGUUCAUGGAAUGAAACCAUCCACUUUUGCCAAUGGCGUGGUGUCACAUGUGGUAAUCGUCACCAGAGGGCCACCGGAUUGAAUCUUGAGUCCUUGAAACUUGCAGGAUCCAUACCACCACAUAUUGGGAAUCUGAGUUUUCUGAGAGUCAUUAAUCUCCAAAACAAUAGCUUUGGCCAAGAAAUCCCAACAGAGAUUGGCCGUCUCCGCAGAUUGCAAGAGUUACGAUUGAACAAUAAUUCACUUGGGGGGGAUAUUCCCUCGAACUUAUCAGCUUGCUCGCGACUCCUCGAAAUCGAUCUCGGCAACAAUUUGCUGGUAGGAGGAAUUCCAGAAGAGCUGGGAACUUUGUCAAAACUACGAGUACUUGUACUUAGCUGGAACAAGCUUAGAGGAAGCGUCCCUUACUCCUUCAGCAACUUAUCAUCUCUCGAAGUGCUUUCUGCAUCUUCUAAUACUUUGAGCGGGAGUAUUCCGGAUAUUUUGGGCCAACUGACAAAGUUAACCGAAAUUGGGUUGGCAGACAAUUCGCUUUCUGGCAUGAUCCCACCCUCCAUCUUCAAUCUAUCUUCUCUCAUAAGGUUUUCAAUACAACUGAAUGAAAUCGAAGGUACUUUGCCCUUCAACUUGGGUAUUUUUACUCCACGUCUCCAAUAUUUUGAUAUUGCUUUGAACCAAUUUAGUGGAUCAAUCCCUGUUUCACUGUCCAAUGCCUCAAAUCUAGGUCAUCUGUCAAUGCUAGGAAACAACCUACACGGAAAUGUACCUUCUUUGGAAAGUUUACACAGGCUUGAGAGAUUUGUUCUAACUUCGAACGAUCUUGGAAGUGGCGGAACUAAUGACUUGAGCUUUAUCUGUGAUUUGUCUAACGCCACGAAACUAAAAAGAUUGAACCUAAAUAUGAACAAUUUUGGGGGUAUAUUACCCCAAUGCAUAGCCAACUUGUCUGCUUCUCUUCAAGUUUUCUAUGCAAGUGACAAUAAAAUAGUAGGAAGCAUCCCAAAUGGAAUUGGAAAUCUUGUUAAUUUGGAGAGCUUGUAUCUGUCUAUGAACCAAUUUUCGGGUGAAAUCCCUUCUGAUCUAGGAAAGCUUCAAAAUUUAUAUUUAUUAGAUUUAGCUAUAAAUUCUCUGUCAGGGGAAAUUCCUUCCUCUUUCGGAAAUUUAAGUCGUUUAACUAAAUUAUAUUUUGACCAAAAUAAGCUUCAAGGUAAUUUACCUUUAAGUUUAGCAGAGUGUCACAAUUUGCAAGUCUUGUCCGUUACAAACAACAAUCUCAGCGGUAACAUUUCACCGAGAGUCAUUGGUCUGUCGUCAUCAUAUAUUUCAUUAGAUUUAUCUCAAAAUCGUUUCACCGGUCCAUUUCCACAAGAAGUAGGAAAACUGAUAAAUCUGGAGUACUUAGAUGUUUCCGAAAAUAUGUUUUCUGGUCAGAUACCGUCAGGUCUUGGUAGCUGUAUAAAAUUAGAAUAUAUAUACCUGCAAGGAAAUCUUUUUCAAGAAACAAUUCCAUUGUCUUUGGCUUCUCUGAGGGGGGUUCGAGAAUUAAAUCUUUCUCACAACAACUUGUCUGGCAAGAUUCCGGAAUUCCUAGAGAGUUUUGUACUUCUGCAAUCUUUGAAUCUAUCUUAUAAUAUGUUGGAGGGGAUGGUGCCAAUCGAAGGAGUUUUUAAGAAUGCAACAGCAACAUCUGUUAAAGGCAAUAGAGAACUUUGCGGGGGCAUACUUGAAUUUCAAUUGCCAAAAUGCAAGCGUGAAAAACUCAAAAAGGUAGGAUUGAGCCUGACCUUGAAACUGAUAAUCUCCAUCGUUUCUGCCCUUUUUGGAGUCACAUUUGCAUCUGCUUUUAUGUACCAUUGUUGCGUGCAUAGGGAAAGAAAGGAUCGUACUUCCAGUGAUAAAGAAAACUUUCUUAGGGUGUCUUACCAAAGUCUUCUAAAAGCUACUAAUGGAUUCUCCUCUUCCAAUUUGAUUGGUGCGGGAAGUUUUGGUUCUGUGUACAAAGGAGUACUUGACGAAGGCGAAACAACAGUUGCUGUCAAGGUACUGAACCUUGUUAAUCCUGGAGCUUCCAAAAGCUUCAUUGCUGAGUGUGAGGCCUUGAGAAACAUCAGACACCGUAAUCUUGUGAAGGUACUGUCUGCAUGUUCUGGUGUUGAUUAUCAUGGUAAUGAUUUCAAGGCCCUGGUUUAUGAGUUCAUGGUUAAUGGGACCUUAGAUGACUGGUUGCAUCUGGCUCCCACAGUUGGUGAGACAAAUGAGAGACCAAGGACUCUAAAUUUUUCACAAAGGUUGAACAUUUCGAUUGAUAUUGCUAUGGCAUUGGAUUAUCUCCAUCAUCAAUGUGAAACGCCAAUAGUUCACUGCGAUCUCAAGCCAAGCAAUGUUCUUCUGAAUGAUGAUAUGAUUGGACAUGUAGGCGACUUUGGGUUGGUAAGGUUCCUUCUCAAACCCCAAGAUAGUUGUUCUACAAAUCAAUCGAGCACCCGUGGAGUAAAAGGAACAAUCGGUUAUACUCCUCCAGAGUAUGGCAUGGGAAAUGAAGUCUGGACACAAGGCGAUGUGUAUGGUUACGGCAUUCUGCUACUGGAAUUGUUCACGGGGAAAAGACCGACAGAUGAGAUGUUUCAGGGAAGUGUAAACCUUCAUAACUUUGUCAAGGCUGCUCUGCCUAAUAAGAUGGAACAUGUUGCAGAUCCUGUUAUCGUUCAAGAAAAAGGGGAAGGGGACAUGUGCAAUGACGAUAGUCGUAAUGAGGAUACAAGGGCUUGCAUAAAUAUUCGGGAUAGCUUGAUUUCAGUUUUAGAAGUUGGUGUUGCUUGUUCUGCAGAGUUGCCAAGAGAAAGGUUGAACAUUAGUGAUGCUUUGGCGAAGAUGUGUCGGAUAAGAAACAAACUUCAAGCUAGUAAGUAGAAUAUGUGAAUAAAAUCCUACUGUUUUGUGCUCUGGUCUCCAUAGCAUGUAAUGCAAAUUGUUUCGUUGUAUCAAUAACGAAAGAGGUUUUCAUAUUUGUUUGAUCAAUAAAAAGCUGCAAAUGUUUCCGUAA